AUGUUCCAGGAUCCAAUCAGCGCGAAUCUCAUCAUAUAUGUAAAUCCAAAGACACCUCCUUAUUCUACAUUAGCUUUAAAAAGGGUGUGGAUGGAUACCGAUAUUAGAAUACAGACUUACAUUCACUCGAGUGUCAGCGAAGAAGUUCCUUUAAUUUACCAAUCAAUUACAAAUUCUCCUAGGAAAAAUAUUAUCAAUUUAUCGGUGAUCUGGAAAAAUGUCGAAGAUCUUGAACUUGUGUCUGGCCUACGUGGUUACAACAUAACUGGUGAAAUCAAUUUUCUAAGAUAUAUUAGUAGGUUAAUAAGUUCGCAUGAUUACGAGAAUUCCAUGUGUACAGAAAAAGUAAAUAGACUCGACUUGAUAUUAGAUCUGUGUCACUUGGUACACUUUCAAAAUACACUGAAAAGCAAACAAGAAUUGUUGCUAUCGAUAGCCGAUGAAUUAGACUUAAAUGCAUCCGAUAAAAAGGAGCCUGAUAUAGCGGACAUCGCAGUAUGGAGUACAAUUAAACAAAUCUUUCCAAAGUGUCCGCCAAAGCUUGAGAAAUGGUUUAAAGCUUACGAGAAACGUUUUUAUCAAUAAAUGCUUUUUUUCUUUUUAAUUAAAUAUAUAUAUAUAUAUAUAUAUUAAUGUGUCGGAGUUACAAUAACGCACUGUCAAUAAAAUUGCAUAAGUUUUAUUAAAAGAUUAACAUGUAUUUGAAAUAUCUCGUACAUGUAUAUUAUCCUUUGAAUGCACUUCGAUUAAAUACGCUAUUGGUACAUAGAAACGUUUGAAAAAGUAUUCUCAUUCUUCAACUAAAAUAUUUAUUGGCAGUGUUACAAAGAUGUUCCUUAAAUUUUUAGAAUAAAAAUGAUACUUCGCUAUAACACAGGACGGUAAUGACGACAGAUACUAAUAAACAGUAAAAUUAAGAGUAUAAUUAAUUGAAACUAGAAAGCAAGUCUUUCAGCAUACGGAGUGAUACAUUCAAAGUACAGGAUUACAAUUGCUUUUGAAAGUAAAUAUUAACCAAAUAACUUGCAAUCGAGUUUAUGACACAUGUUAAUCACGAUUUUUAAAGAGAUGUGCACACUAUAAUGAUAAUCAAUACAAAUUACUGAACGAAUUAUAGUUUCAAGUAUCAUUUAUCAAUUUCUCAUCGUAGCUGCCAUCGAGUUCUUAAUUAUAAUCAUAUAUUUUCAACAUAAUGUAUAUUUCUCAUAACAAAUUUCUAAACUUCAUCGCAUAUUGUCACGGAAGAAUGUUUUCUACGAUUUAACUUUCUUUCUAUAUUCUUUAAAUGUCCCAUUAAUUUUCCAUAUAUGGCUAUUCAUUAUAAAAUCAAUACUAAACAAAGAAAAACAUUUCACGCGUGUGUCAAUGUCAGUCUGAAAUGUUCUUCGCUCUUAGUAUCUGUUUCGUCUGUGGAAGAAUAAUGACAAUGGAUCAAUUUUUUUACAGCAAGAAAGGUAGCUGUCGUAAACUGAGUAAAAACCGAGUAUGAUGAUACUUUGCAAUACUGUAUGUAUGGUAUUAUAUGCUAUAGAUGAAUUAAUAUUAUCUGUGAACGUCGAUCCAGUUGCAUACUUAGUUUUUUGUAUGCAAAUAUCAACGUUAUUGAGACCAAAUCGCUUUUCGCAUGAUU